AUGCAUUAUGCAGAAAUGUUGGAGAUAAUAGGAGAUACAGAGAGAAAGCACCUUAGAGAAGAACUCCAGAACUGUAUUUGUUUUGCUGCACAAAUGGAUGGUUCUGUCGAUGCUAGGCAACAAGAUAAGAAAUUUAUAUUUGUUCGAUUCAAUACACCCGAGGACCCUCUUUCUAUUAAGACAAGAUUUGCAAGUGCAAGGGAAAGUACCAAGCGUGGUGCUGAAGGUUUGUGUUCUGCCAUGACAAACUGUUUUGAUGACAUGGGCCUUUCUAAAGAAUGUUUGCAGUCAAAAUUUGUUGGGAUGAGCACCGAUGGAGAGUCUGCAAACACUGGUAAGGAUUCUGGACUGUGGGCUAGAGUUGAAAAUUAUGUUGGUCGUUCAACAAGAAAUAUCUGGUGUGCAUGUCACCGAUCAGACUUAGCAAUGGAAGAUGUGAUGAGGUAAUAAUAAUAAUAAAUUAAUAAUAAUAAAAUAAUGAUUACAAUAUUUCAUUAGGAAGUCCACUCACAAAAGAGAUUUUAAGUGAAGCCCUGAGCAAAAAAAGAUAAAAAAAUAAAUUAUAAGGCUAUAUUAAUGUUAACAUUUAUAAUGUCUUAGGUUGGUACCUGAACUGAAAAUCUGGCUUUCCAAUGUAACGGGAGUAGCUACUUAUUACCGCACAUCAGGCCUAAGGACUAAGGAGUUGAAGACCAUAAAACCAGACAUGAGAAGUUUUCCUCCUCAUCAUGAGGUAAGGUUUGCUCAACAUCUUGUUCAACUUUGUGGAGCGAUACUAUUCAAUUUAGAUGGAUGUUUAAAGCACUGGCAAAAGAUUUGUGAUGCUCCUCGAGAAUAUAAUACCAAGGAGGUAUCGUCUGCAAAAGGAUUUUUAAAGUUGUGGCAACCAACAGGAGUGCAAGCAUGGCUAACUGCUGUUAUGGUGGACACAUGCUGUAUCUUCAGAUAUAUUGAAAAAGAAGCCCAGAAGCCUGGCAUUAUCAUUCCUGAUAUCUUGAAGUACAGAGAUACUGCCUUGCAAAAACUUGAUAUAAUGCAAACAGAGCCAUAUCCAGGUAAAAUAUAUAUAGUUAGUAAGUUACUUUGUUUAUAGAAAACAAAUUGAACUCACUCUUAUUUGAGUUCUUUAACAAAGGUGUAUUAUUCAUUACAUUGUAUGUUAUUUUACUGCACAUAGGUGGGCAGGAGGAGUUAUUAACAAAGAAGAUUGCAGAACUGCAUCCAGAGAAUGAUGAAGCAGUGGAUAAUACACCAAGAAGGACACACAACACCAAUGUGACAACGUUUCGUAGAGGAAAACAACCUAUCAGGCAAGAGGUUAUUGAUUCUUCAAGGAAUUUUCUCCAGGUAAAAUGAGAUAAAUAGGUAAUCUCAUAUCUGUUUAGCAAUCAGGUCACACCAUAUAAAGUUUUUAAUUACUAUUACCUAUAUUUUUUAUGUAUAUCAUUAUCAUGUUUAGACCAGGCUCAACGAGGAACAAACAGAAAUUGUAACAACCAUUAUCAACUUGACCUCAGCAAAACGUGCAAUUGAAUUCAUCAACAUUGCAUUACCUCAACUUGAAUCAAGUGGAAUCAGUGAUAAACAAGCAUUUAUUGAUGCAGUUUUAGAAAAUUUUACGGAAAUGCUUCCUGAUACACAUAUUCCUGCAAGAGACUAUGGUGUGAGACUCUACCAAAUGCUAAGGGGCAGCAAACAACCUGUGACCAAGUUUUUGUCAGGUUUUUGUGUUCUCUGCCCUCACAGUAUGACGGUGGAAAGAUGUGUGUCAACGUACAACAUGUUAUUCUCCAACCUGAGAAUGGCCACAUCUGAAAAAACACUGAAUGAUAGGCUAUUGAUUCACUGGAAUGGAGUGCCAACAUCUCAGUUUGACCCCAGUCCUAUGGUGCAAGAAUUUCUACAGAAAAAACAGAGGCGAAUGAAUCUUCCUAAUCUGAGUUCAUAUGCGGAACGUGACUUCGUAAAGAAGUUUUUUACAUCGGACUGCUGA